CCAAGUUGCAAACCAGAACCAUUCCACGCACAUAGCCAGGAAGGAGAGAGAGAGAGAGUCGUUGCUGUUCGGACCUGCACAGUGGAGACAGAGAGAGAGCCGAUGACUCAAUAGCCGCCUGCUUUGAUCAAAACAUACUGUUGUUUUGAACAUGAGCGGACGGGUCGGUGACUUGAGCCCAAAGCAGGCUGAAGCGUUAGCACAGUUUCGAGAGAACAUCCAGGACAUAUUACCCAGCCUGCCUGCCCAGGAUGACCACUUCCUGCUGCGCUGGCUUAGAGCCAGGAAUUUCAACAUCCAGAAAGCAGAAGCGAUGCUUCGCAAGCAUGUUGAGUUUCGGAAGCACUUGAAGGCAGACACAAUAACUACAGACUGGCAGCCUCCUGAGGUGAUCGAUCGCUACCUGUCGGGUGGGAUGUGUGGCUACGACAAGGAUGGGAGCCCUAUCUUGUAUGAUUUGGUGGGGCCCCUGGACCCCAGGGGCCUCCUGCUCUCCGCCUCCAAGCAGGACUUCCUCAAGACCAAAGUGCGGGAUUGCGAGAGGCUGCAGAGUGCGUGCCAGCAGCAGAGUGAGCAGCUGGGCCACCACGUGGAGUCCAUCACCAUGAUCUACGAUUGCGAGGGUCUGGGACUCAAACACCUGUGGAAGCCGGCCAUAGAGGCAUAUGGAGAGGUUCUCACCAUGUUUGAAGAGAACUACCCUGAAGGGCUGAAGCGGCUGUUUGUGAUUAAAGCCCCCAAGCUCUUCCCUGUGGCUUACAACCUGAUCAAGCACUUCCUGAGUGUGGACACGCGCCGCAAGAUUAUCAUCCUGGGAGAUAACUGGCAGGAGAGUCUGCUGCAGUACAUCGAACCGGACCAGCUGCCUGUCUGCUACGGGGGGACCCUAACUGACCCUGAUGGAGACCCUCGCUGCAAAACCUGGAUUAAGUACGGAGGGGAUGUUCCUCAGUCCUACUACGUGCGGGACUCCGUCAAGCAGCAGUACGAGCAGACGCUCUGCAUCAGCCGCGGCUCCUCCCAGCAGCUUGAGUAUGAGAUCCUGUUCCCUGGCUGUGUUCUCAGGUGGCAGUUUGCCAGCGAGGGGUUGGACAUCGGCUUCGGGGUCUUCAUCAAGACGAAGGUGGGGGAGCGGCAGAAGGCAGCCGAGAUGGUGGAGGUGGUUCCGAGCCAGCGGUACAAUGCACACCUAGUACCGGAGGACGGCUCUUUCACCUGUCAGGACCCAGGCAUCUAUGUACUGCGGUUCGACAACACUUACAGCAUCUUGCACUCGAAGAAGGUCAGCUUCUCUGUGGAGGUGUUGCAGCCAGACAACGGCUCCGUAUCCAAAACCCAGGAGCCCGAGGGAGGGGCCGGGGCAGAGUUUGCAGCCAGCAGCCAAUAGCAGGAGGAGGACAGGACCCAACUGCAGGCAGCAUCGCUAGCUAGAUCUAGGACGUGCCACCCUCUGUACUCGCUGUAUAGACAUGGAAGGCAGACCAAAUAGGUACUGCCACCAAGCUGGGGUGGAGGGGUGGCUAGUUUUGACAAUUUCUAAGUGCUUCUUGAGCUGAAGUUGGUAACGUAUCUGUCCAGAUUGUUCUAUGUGUAACCUUUGUGUGGCUUGCACCCCUUUCUAUAAUUUUUAUUAAUACCAUAUUUUGACAUGUGGUAUAAUUCUGUUACUGUAUAGUUAGUGUACCACCUAGUGGUGAAAACAAAGUACAACGUUUAGUAUUUCAUAUUUACACUUUUAAGGCACAUAGCAUGCCGAUACUAUUUAAUGUAUAAAUGAACUAAGACUUCGGGGUUAGUGAUCUCAAGCUUCUUUCCUCAAAAGAACAUUCUAAUAUCUGACCAAUUGAACUGUUUGCUUUAUACUUACUAUAAUGAUCCCGCUGACAAGGACCCGUUCUGUACAUGGAUUUUAUUUACAUGGUAGCUCAAGUGAUGGCACUUCGUACGGGCAUUCCUGUUUACAUGUUCUUGGGGGUGUUGGAGUCACUGUGUCCCUGUUCUGAGUUCUGAUAUCUUGAUGAAGAAUGUGGUGUCUGUUCAAUGGAUCUAAUCAUUGGCAGCUUAGUCCUUUUUAAAUCACUGAAUAUGACCCUCCCCUCUGGCAUUUCCAGGUUUGUACAGAUUGCAUGCACUGUUAGAGGUCUGAUUUGUAAUUCCGAUACACCAAUUGUAAUGAUCUCAGCAGCUGAUACACCAGUGUCUAUCUCAAUUGAAUAGACCUGUAUCUUCACAGUCACGUGCCCAGAUGUAUUAGUUAGGUCACAGUACCUACUUUUUCAGGACACUAGCACUUGAAUGGUUGAACAAUUGAAUAUUAAAUAUGGGAAGCUUUGAUGAUUAUAGUCAUGGUUACCUAUACUAGUGCGUUCUCAAUGAGAGGAGGCGAUUAGACCCAUCAAUACUGCGUUCCUAGCUGCUGAUUUAUCCCAGAACUUUUUCUAGUCAGUUCUUAAAGGAUCCUAGUGAUUCAGAUUCAGAGACGUUGCUUAAACCCGUUCCAUACUCUCAGCACUCUAACGUAUACCUUGGACUGGACUCCAGUUAUGAGCUGCACAUAAUAAAACAAUAUAUCUCUCGGAUACAUGCUUCACUUUAGUACUGAAGCUAGAGCAGUCCUCAUAAUACACACUGUAUUGCCAUGUUUUCUAUCUGCUGUAUUACAUUAGAGAGUAGUUUGUAGAAGGUCCUGUGCACACCAUUCUGUACACAGAGGUUUUCUUUCAGGACCUGGCAAGACGUUGGAUGAGUUACAGGUAUACAGCUCAGGAAAUACGAAAGCACAUUUUAACACAUGCUAAAAAAUAUACAGUAAAUAUACAUGUAGGUUCAAAUAAACUUCUUCAGGUUUGAUGAAACUAUAGAUUAUACUGAUGCAUUAUUAACUGGAGGAACUGACUAGACCCAUUGGUGCUCAGUUACCAGCAGUAGAGUUAUCCCAGUACUUUACGAAGUCGACUUUUAAACAAUCCUAAUGAUUCAGCUGCAACAACGUGCCUUAAACCCAUACACUCGCCACUGUCUGUAUUGUAUACCCUGGGCUGGGGAUGACUGUCACUCUACUUGAUAUUAAGAUACCUUUUUAAGAUUAAAAAAAAUAAAUAAACAGCAAAACAAUCAUACUUGUUCCGAUGAUUAGAACAUGUUUUUCAAAGGUUAUCACAUCUUUCAGAAGAGUGGUGAAGUGAAAUCACAUUCACUGGCUCUUAAUUUAUGGUUCAUUACUGCAGGGAUAAUGCAAUGUUUGUCUUUUAAAAGCACAUUCCAAAAAACCUACCCUAAUAAUAGAGAUGCAUAAUCAGAUGUAUUUAUUCCCAGUAAAGUAUGUCCCAUUUUUUAGCUCUAUCUUGAACUGCUCAUCCAACAGGGAUGAAACUUGGUAUGGACAUUCCUUAUAAGUUUUGUCUUGGGGUUCGUUUACUUAUACUUGUGCAUUUGUUCUAAAAGGUUACUCCGCAUGCUGUUCUCAAGGGGAGUUGCCGUUUCAUGGUACUGAACCAUUAUGGUAUUAAUGUAAGUCAGGGGUAUAGAUUACUACAGUACAUACCUGUGCCUUGUUGUUCAUUUUCAAUUGUUUUAUAUCAUGUUGUGCAGCAUUCGCCAAGACUGUAUUAAAUGUACAUGCAGUGAGUGCAGGUUGAAAUUCAAAUAGAGGGUCAGGUUUGAGCUUUGAAAUCUGAACUGGGAAAGUAGACUGUUCUGAUGGUCCCAAACUGAAUCAUGAGAUAUGCAAAGGGUAUGUACAUUGAGGCUGAAGCCACAUGUAAGAGAAAUAGAUAGAACAUAUAUUUUGGAAUACUAUAUAGGGUCCUCGUCACAAAACUGUAAGGAAUGUUUUUUUAAGUACUGUUUUUGAUUAUAAACAUUGUUGUACGUUAAACAGUGCUUUGAAAAAUGUGUUAUAAACACGUAAACCCUCUCAGACAUUUGAAAAAAGUAUCAUAUUCUUUAAGUGUCAUUUGAUUAAUCAGAUUGGGCUAACAUUCUUUAAAACAAUCCUUAGUUUUGUGAAAAGACUCUUAUUUUUUAAAUUUAUUUUUGCAGAGGUGAGAAUGCUACGCCCCCUGGUGUGUCAAAGUAAAAAAUGACAUCAUAGUUUAAGCAUUAUUCAAGUAAAUAACAUUCAAGUAGUGAAUUUUGGGUUAGGGUUAAGGUUAGAGUUUGUGAAAGUGACAGAUAUCAGUAGCUUCUAGAGCAUUUUACCAUAUGAUCUCCAUGUUCCAGUAUCCACAAUCAACCAUGCUUUGUUUCUUUUUUUUUUUAUGUAUUAUAGUUUUGGUUUAUUUUGUAACUGCUGUCUUAUGUGCACUGAACAACACACAUGUUUAAAACAAUGUGUAGAUACAGUAUUCCCAGGCUGAAAGCAUGGUUUUUCCAUUCCCUAGAACCAGGCUGCAGUGUGCCUGAAACGAGGUAUUAGUCAAGGAGCUUUAUAAGGUAGCAAUCUGUGUAUAUGCCUGCAGUCUGGAAGGGUGCAGGUUCAUGUCAUGUUGAUUCAAUCACGCACAUUUGAUUUUAAAUAAUUGUAUUUAAUAUAUGUUAUUGUGUUGGAAUAGAUAAAUAUCAUAUUGGUAAUAUUGGGGUUAAUUCCAUUUAUAUGAUAGAAAACCAGAUUUUCAGACCUAAGAAUAUAUAACACAGCCUUAAAACAAAUUUGUAGUUCCUGUUUGAAACACCGGCAUUUGUAGGGGUACUGAAAACAUCCCUCCAAGUCUGCAUUACUGUAACCAAAGCACUUCUAUGUUACUGAACACAAUUACACUACAGGAGCAAAAUGGGACCCCCGGCCUCUUUCUUUAUUGGUUGUCAAUACUGCAAUGUAGAUGUAUUGUUUUAAGCAAUAGAAGACAUGUUUAGCUCUCUCCUCACUGGUACAUUCCUCAUCUCCCCUCGUUUGUUGUCUGGUGUGCUGCACGUUUGGAUUGUUAGUUUUGUGCAGCUGUGUGUUGUGCACUAGAGGGGUAGCGCAGGAGCUGGCUGUUUUAAUGCUCUUUACGGAGGGGGCAGGUUGACAAUACUGGAUAACUUAAAAAUGGGGUUUAAAUGCUUUCAUGCAGAAUCCAGGAAACUGCCAAAUGUUUCAACACUUGAAAGGAAUAAUUUUUUUUUUUUACAAUUUAAGGAUCUUGUUUUUUGCCUAGUGUAGCCUGAAAAGUGCUUGGUGAGCUAUUAUUGUGAUUCCUUCAAGUGUAUUUACUAUCCAGAUUCUAUUUGAAUGUUAACACUUAAAUGCUGUUUAUGUAAUUUGUGAGAAACUAUUAUACUCUACUAUACCUAAUAAAACUUACAAAAU